UCCUUUGUGUUAAGUUUGACAACAUCUGGUUGUGACAGCGCACCGGGUUCCAUUCGCGAGCCUGUCGGGAGUCUUUGAGGGGAGAGCGAUAACACAGACAGGAGACUUCAAUUUUAGUGCUCGUAUUGAUUUUUUUUUGUAUGCAUGCAGGACCUCUCGGGGUUACCGGAAGGGGUUUUGCCAGAAUGUGCAGGACGAGCGAGCUAACAGGCUAACAAUGGGUAACUGUGUUUCGGCUGCGCUGGUGUGAAGUAACGUUCGUCUGAAUGGCUAAGCUAACAAGCUAACGAUGACCAGUUGUGUCCGAGCGAGGACGUUCUGGAGGCUUACCGGGGAAUACGUGAUAAGUCACGGGAAAGUAACGGCACCGGGCAUGUGAUUUCGAGCAUGGGCUCUUUUGGGUUGAUUACAACUAGAUGCCCAGGAUACGCUCUCUUUCUCCCUUGAACAUUUGCCGUAUUCCGCCGCUUCGAGCACGGGGUGGUGGUUGUGGUGGUGGAGGGGGUGGAGGAGGGGCGGGGGUGGUCGGUGAUGCCCAAAUGCCCCCGGUUCACCGAAUUGGGACCGAGCAGCCGACACUUCACCGUGAGCCAUGAAAAACUGCGAGUAUCAACAAAUCGACCCGCAGGCGCUUCCGCCCGCCACCCCGAACCCCCCUCCGCCCCCCCGCGGACCGCACGGGGACCGCGGAGAGGAGCCCACGGCGCCGAGGAGAAAGUGGCAAGUUUUCCCCGGAAAGAAUCGCUUCUACUGCGACGGGCGGAUCAUCGUGGCCCGUCAGAGUGGCGUCCUGCCCCUCACGCUGGGUCUCAUUAUCGUCACGUGUGGAUUAUUCUUUAUAUUUGACUGUCCCUUCCUGGUCAAACACCUGACCAGUUGCAUACCUGUUAUUGGGGGACUCCUCUUUGUGUUUGUGGUCAUCACCUUGCUCCAGACCAGCCUCACUGACCCUGGCAUCCUGCCCAGGGCCACUCCAGAUGAGGCUGCAGACAUUGAAAAACAGAUUGACAACACUGGAAACGCCAGCUAUCGGCCUCCGCCACGCACCAAGGAAGUCCUCAUCAACCAGCAAGUGGUGAAGCUCAAGUACUGCUUCACCUGCAAGAUGUUCCGGCCUCCGCGCACCUCCCACUGUAGCCUGUGUGACAACUGUGUGGAGCGAUUCGACCAUCACUGCCCAUGGGUAGGGAACUGUGUGGGAAAACGCAACUACCGCUUCUUCUACACCUUCAUCGUGUCGCUCUCCUUCCUGACGGCGUUCAUCUUCGGCUGUGUGACCACACAUCUUGCGCUGAGGGCUCAAGGUGGAAAAGGCCUCAUGUUCGCUCUGCAAGAGAGUCCAGGCAGUGCAGUGGAGCUGGUGGUAUGUUUCUUCUCAGUCUGGUCCAUCUUGGGCCUCUCGGGCUUCCAUACAUACCUGGUUUCUUCCAACCUCACCACUAAUGAAGAUAUCAAAGGCUCCUGGUCAGGGAAGAGUGGAGAAGAUGUGUCCAACCCGUACAGUCAUAAAAACAUCUUUGUCAACUGUUGUUCUGUGCUCUGUGGACCCAUGCCACCCAGCUUGAUUGACAGACGAGGGUUCCUGCCCGCGGAUGAAUCCGUGCAGACGGCGGCUGUGGACACUGAGCUGCCCACCCUGGCCACUAAAAGCGUGUGCACACAGGGAACUAAAGGUCUGCUGGAGUCGGCCACUAUCCCUCCGCUCCUGUCCGCCUCGUGUCCUCAGGGGAAACCUCACUCGGCCCGUAGCUGCCCGGACAAGGGCCCGGCGGUGAACCCCGACCCCGAGCUCCCCACCAGCUGUGGGCGCCGCCCCGCUGCUGGCUCCCCUCCAGCACGUCACGCCAAGGCUCGGGCGAAGAAAAGCAAACGGGCCGCUCAACGUGUUCCCAACCCGUCCUUGGACGGACCCGUUUCGCCCGCCUCUCCGGACGCCGGCCCCGGCUCCCAGGCCGGGGGCCACGUGGGCGCCACCUUCGCCUCUUUGCACUGAGUGAAAGUGACGGCGAUCUCCAGUGGAAGCGCACGUUGUUUGACGCUUGCAUGCUGUAACACAGUCAGAUGACAAAUAGUGUGAGUUUAAAAAUGUGUGCUAUUUGUUGGUUUAUCUGAAAGCUCUUGAGUCUUGUCAACGAUGAAGAUGACGUCACUAAGAUGUGUAUUUGUGUGUUCAACUUGUAGUGGACGUAGGGACGCUAAAGCCGACUGGAUGUAUUCUGGUUGUAAAGUAGCAUCUUAGCCUUUUGGUGUAGAAUGAAUAGCACACGAAAAGACGGUGUACUGAUAGAGCCAUAUGCCUUCCUGAUGAUUCUCAUGUAAAACAUGAAUUUUACCAGCAUGUCAGAUCCAUCAAAUAUUGUGAAAUAGUAGCUUUGAUGUAUCAGGUUGAAAAAAAAAACAGUCCUAAGGGGAAAAUCCAUUCCAAAUGUUGAAUUAACACUGAUUUCUAAUAGAUUUACAGCUCAGUUUAUAAUGGUGAUACAUUUGUUCUUGGAGAGCAGAGAGACGGUUUCUGCUGAUGAUGUCAUCUUGAGACACACAGGCAGUGGACAGUUGAACGGGUCAUGAGGCUCCAACAGCAACUCUGCCAUUCAUAUUGGAAAGCUCUGCUUUAAAAAGGUCAAACGUAGUGCUCAUAAAGCUCAUUUUUAGACAGGAUAACCUGAGUGGAGAGCAUUCAGUUCACCCUCAAGUCUCUGCAUCCCUUUCUCAGAACAUUUCUUCGAUUUUCUCCUCUGUUGCAGAUUUUUUGAAUUGCACUUGUGAAUUUGGACUCAGUGUGGGUUUUCCCUUUAACUUAGCACACGAAGAAACACAGUGUGUUUCAGUUGUAUCAGUUUGUACUGUAUUUUUGUGCCGUAUAAAUGGCAGUGAAUGCAACUGCAUGAUAUUGACUAAAAAUGUAUUUUCAAUUUAGUUUAUUUACACCCUUUCAAAACAUUCCUUUAUACGCCUGAGAGAUCCUGUAGCACUUUUCGUAGGAAAACUGUGAUCUGGACUGUGUAUGCGAGCUGAAGCGGUACUGUUAACAGCCGUUGUGCUACACCACCUCCUGCUUGAGCCAUCGUUAAUAUCAAAAGAUUCUCAAAGAUUUAAAGCUUCCACAUCCUGGACCCGCAACAGCGAUACACCUUUUCUCCUCCGUACGAUUGUUUACUUCAACUACUCUAAGAAUGUGAAUGGUGAUUGGUUCUCAGGGGGGAAAAGUGGGUGAAGUGGGAAGGUAUUCAAUAUGCAAGUUUAAUGUGUGACGUGUCACGUUGAUUCUCAUUGCAACCUGAUAGCAAUGGUUGCACAAAGAAAUGCAAUGAUCCACGUGUUCAUUCCAAUGCACUAAAUGGUAGGCACACAUGAACACACACACACACACACACACACAACCAACGUUAACGCUGAGCUGCAUCACAUGUGAAGUAUUCUAUGUGUCCAAAGUCAACCAAGCACGUCCACGAUGUCACACAUACAAGUAGGCUGCCGUCAAAAGGAAGGAAAAGGAAAAUAAAGUUGAGUGAAAUAAACA